CUUGUCUCUCCAAUUUCAAUCUCGAGGUUUUAUUCACUUUCAUUUUGUCUCUUCAAUUUCAAAGCCCUAUUUUCUCUUCCCUUUAUAGUCACUCUGCAUCAUCUCUCUUCGAUCUCUUCCCUAAUUUCUCAUCCCUUCGAUCGAAGAGGGGAAGCUAGUGGGGAUAGCGAAAUCACGCAACGGUGGUGGCUCGUGGCUAUUUCCGGUGGUGGAAUUCGUGAUUUGGGCGAAAGUGGUAGCAGUGGUGGAGCGAACUGGACGAAGAUCGAGCCACGGCGGCGAUGUGACACGCAUUAACACGAUUUCAGGCUUGGAGUUACGACGGCCAUUGCGGAUCGAAGAAGGAGGCGUUGCCUUGGCACUUUCUACACCUGCGACGACUCCAGGCGCUACCGACGGUGAACCUCGUUGGAUCGAACUGUGACGACGCCUCUACUCCUGGUGAGUAUUAUAGAAUUUGAAGAUGGAAGAAACCUUAUGAGAGAGAGGAGAGUGGCGUUGACGACGGUGAAAACCUAUUCGGAGGCUUCGGGGAGUGGCUCAGCCUCCUUCGCGAGAAAGGAGAAAUCGCAAAAGCCUCUCAGUUCGUCGAUUUGGAACAGCUUCUCACCCAUGCCUACAGGUAUCAGGGAAAAAUCAUCUUAUUGGAGCAAACUUUGCUUCUGCUACAUCUGGUUAUGACGAAAAUGCUACUAUUUUGAAUGUAAGUUUGGGAUGCCACUAUUGGGUUGCCUACCUGCUGCAAUGACUUUAUUUCAUUUCCAUGAGAAUGGUUGUCUCAAGAAUAAACUUUGAUGCCAAAGCAUUUAACAAAAGGAUCAACUCAGAUGCUGCUGUAGAAAUCACCUUCGGUAGUGACAAAUGGUGGCUUGUGAGAUUGGGGGAAGGGGAUAAGUAUUUUGAGAUGAUGGUGGAUGCACUAUUUUUCCAUCUACUCUUUCAGCCCCCAAGAUUUGAUGGUAGUAAGGCUGCUGAACGUGUUGCUACCCCUGGGGUCUCUGUCGGGCUAGUUUGGAUUGCCUUUGGUGGAAAAGUUCAGUUUGUGGAGACUAAAGCAAUGGGGAUUUAAAGCUCUAAAGCAAACUGUGAAGCUCUAUUAUAGACAUGGAAGGUAUAAAGAGAUGAUGGAAGUCUACAGGGAGAUGUUUACUUACAUUAAGUCAGCAUUGACUCGUAACUAUAGGAAAAAUGCAUAAACAACAUUAUGGACUAUGUCUCAGGUUCAGCUAGCCAGAACUUUGGUCUUCUGCAGGAGUUCUACCAGACAACUCUGAAAGCUCUUGAAGAAGCAAAGAAUGAGAGAUUAUGGUUUAAAACAAAUCUUAAGCUUUGUAAGAUCUUCUUUGAUAUUGGGGAAUAUGGACGAAUGAGUAAGAUCUUGAAAGAACUUCACAAAUCUUAUCAAAGGGAAGAUGGCACGGAUGACCAUAAGAAAGGAACCCAACUUUUGGAGGUUUAUGCAAUAGAAAUUCAAAUGUACACAGAGACCAAGAACAACAAAAAACUCAAGCAUAAUCGUCUCUCGUUCGUGACCUUGCCAGUAAAUUCGAGAAGGGUUUGGCUGCUACGGCUAAGUUGUCUAAAGAGACUUAGAGAGGCAGCAUCUUUGGAAAAACAUGUUCUUUUGAAGAAACUUAGAGAUGCACUUGAAUCCUUAAAAGGGUGUGUGGCAGGAAGAAACAAGGAUGAUGUGGAAGAAGCUAUUGUUAUGGGGAUGUUGCUUUUAGAAUCUUGGAGAGCAUAAACAAAUUUAAGUUGAAAGGACUUCAAGGUGUUUUUCAAGAUACUUUAAAGGCAGAAACUCGGAUUCAUGUAUCUGAUAUUAACCCUCAGAUGUUAAAUGUUGGCAGACAGCAUGCCUUGGAGAAGGGUAAAUGAGAAUGCUUUAAAAUGUCAAUGAUUAGUUUAAGCUUUUAUAAAGGAUUUUGGUUUAAUGUAUCUUCAUUUGCUAGGAAUGAAUAUUUUCUGCUUAUUAUGUAAUAAAAGAUUAUUUUUCAAUAUUUUAUGAUAGGUGAACAAUGUAAU